AUGCCCGCUGUCCAAUGCUUUCGCAGGCUUUGCUCGCGCGGCGGCAAGAUCGCACCGGCGGACCUGGACAGCUUGGAUGCUAUCGGCCCAAGACCUCCACCCUCGGGAGAAGCCUCCAUAGUUGUGCUCUUCGACGUCGCGGAGAUUCAGAUGGCACAGUACUUGCUGGACCAUUCCGCCGCGGAACCCGGCAGACGCACGAGAAUCCUGAGAAGCCUCAAGGUUUUGCUGAUUAUUCCCCUGGUCGCAUGCUUCAACUACUGGCCCUUUGUCAUUCCCUUUGCAGAUCCUGCUGGUGGGAUGUGGGCUAAUUGGACCUACUUGAUCGCGCACAUCUUUGCCCUCAACUACAUCGCCGGUCGCUGUAUGCUUGCAGUUUGGACACGUGCUUUCCGUCCCGAAGACCUCGCAGAGGUUUGGUGCGUGAUGUGGUCGGCACCCUUGGUGACGCCCUGUGUCUGCGGGCUGAUACACGUCGUCGCCAGCUUUGCUGGAGUCUUCCCUGUGCCGCUCUCGGCGGCUGCUGCCUGCUUGCCUGCUGUCUUGGUCACCCAGAGAGUGGCGCAGUACUUCAUGCCUGCCCACGUGGUAACAGCCACAGUUCGUCAGUUCGGAUGGUUUCUCUUCGUCGUCAUCGGUGCUUGGCGAUGUGGGUGA